AUGGAUCAACAAGCAAUCCAUCCCGUAGGGUCGGCUCGUGGACGCUCACCGUCUGCGGGAAACCCACAGCCUCAUAUAAGAAAUAGUCAUUCUCCUUCGCCUCAUCCAUAUCAGUCCCCGGAACCAUCUAUCGGCCUCGGCAUUGCUUUAGACUCCUCGUCAGCAGUUAAUCCUCAGUUCACCACCUCUGAUUAUAACCCCUACGAUAACAACAACGCUAAUAAUCGAUUCCUGAAUACCUCUCAGCCACAGCCCUACGACCAACAAGGUAUUGUCGACCCAUCAUCCUUCGACCUUGACCAGGACUUCUCUCAAUCGCUCACAUCGCAAUCUCAAGCCGCAUUCGCGCAGAAUCUUUUGAGCCCCGACUUCAGCGGUAGCGGCGACUUCUCGCUUUUUCCAUCUAGCACCCAAGCCGAUCAAUUCAACACGCCUUUGUUUGGUGAUCUAACUCAAGCUAAUGUGCAAUCUCUCGACCCGAGUGAUCUCACCAACAUGACGUCCCCGCAAACCCACCACUCGCCUACUCCACCCCAUCUUCUGAAGCCAGAACCCGGCUCGGCGCAUCACUCGCCAUCUUUCAAUCAACAUCAGUUUACCUCGCCCGGCCAUUCAAGACAUGCGUCGCUAGGGCCGGAGGCUGCCUUCAUACCAGGACAAUUAGAUUGGAGCCAGCCGCAGUUCCAGAGGCAUCGCAGGACACCGUCGGAAUACUCUGAUGUAUCUUCCAAUGCGGCAUCCCCACAUCUCACGGGCCACGAUGGCUUUGAGCACGUGCAUGGCCACUCGCCUAUGCAACGACCUCAAGAUUUCUAUGACGGGGUGGUUGGGUUGGGUAACUUUAGCAUAACAGACCCUAACCAGCCCAGUCGCAGCCCAUCGCAUAGUCCAGCUAUUUCCCCUCGGAUACAUCCUCAGCAGAUGCCUGAGCAAAAUUCAGGCAUGAUGCUAAAUACUGGGUACCCUAACCCUCAAAUGGGCUAUUCGGAAGAAUUCCCGUCUCUACCUCAAGAAGGGGUAAUAGACCCUCAAAUAACUCAACCUAUGGCGCCACCAUCCAUCAACAUCGAUUUUGCGCCAACCAAUUCGAGGCAGAACAGCUUCGAACCCCCCAAACCGCCCAUGGACGCGCAGUCUUUGACGCCUCCCGACAGGGGCCGCCCGAGAUCCCGUCCACGAGCAGUUACGGACCCAUAUAACAGCGGAGGGGGUGCUCUCUCCCGUUCCAACACCCCUGGAAGUCUGUCGCCACAUCUCGGCGCGGACUUAGCUAACCGUAGUCGCUCCGGCUCCGAGUCAUCUUCGCGUUCGUUAUCGCCUGGUGAUAGGUCCGGCAGUGCUAAUGCUGUCUCGAGGAGACGUCAAUCUAUGUCUGCAGUCCCCAAUAAUGUUAUUGCGCUCCGUCUAGCAGACCCCGAUUAUCAAGCUGCUCAAGACAACGGAAAUAGUAAGAGGGUUCAAAAGCAUCCCGCGACAUUCCAAUGCACGCUCUGCCCUAAACGAUUUACUCGAGCGUACAACCUACGUUCUCAUCUACGUACGCACACCGAUGAGAGACCUUUUGUAUGCACAGUUUGCGGAAAGGCAUUUGCCAGGCAACACGAUCGAAAACGACACGAAGGCCUCCACUCGGGUGAAAAGAAAUUUGUUUGCAAGGGAGAACUCAAAGCUGGUGGCCAGUGGGGCUGUGGGAGACGCUUUGCCCGAGCAGAUGCGCUGGGACGCCAUUUCCGAUCAGAAGCCGGAAGAAUAUGUAUAAAGCCUUUGCUAGACGAGGAGAUGAUUGAGAGGCAACGAAUCUGGCAAGAACAGCGUAUGCAAAGUAUGGCGCAAAGUAUGGGCCCACCACCAACGGUUAUGGACCCCAACAUGUAUCCAGGAAUGGAUGCGGGUGGUUACGCGUUGCCUGCAGCUCUGUUAGCCCAAUACCCGGCAUUGGCGCAGAUGAAUUGGUCUCCGAACGACAUGAACAAUGUGGAAGACGAGCUCAGUGGUCGCUCCAGCUUCGAUGCUUCGGACUACGACGAUGGCGACGAUACAGGCUACGUCAGCGGGCCUGGAUCCGGAUUUGGCGAAGGCGGCAUGCAGCAAAAUUUUGGCGAGUCAAUAGGAUACGCUAGCGACUACGGCGGCGGCAAUUAGAGGUUGUCCCCUCCCCUCCCACGAGCAUUGCUCUACGUUUUUUGGAAAGUGAUGGAAUUAAUAUUCAUUUGAACGGACACUUGCACGACCAGAAGUUCGAAUACGCGAACUUUGGUACUUAGCGGAAUGAUUUUAUGACAAAUUUAACUUUAUAUAUCGAGGAUACUACCCCUUCUUAGAUGGCAUGAUAGAUACCAACAUUGGCGUUUUAGUUCCUUUGUUUUCAAAAUUUACAGACAUUUAUCUUAUAACAAUGCCCAGCAAUUCAUAAGUUGAGACUUGAGGAUAUCUAUAGAUACCUGACCUUAGGUUACAUGAAUACCGACCAGCUGCUACCUGUAAUGUUAUAAGCUAAGAACGGCUAUCCACAUAUUUUAUACUUAGGAGCUAUACAGGAAACAUUUCAGUCGAUGAUGGGAUAUGUUGUUGCAUAUCUAGG